AUGUCUGCCCUUUUGUUCGACAACCAAACAUGGGAAUUCAGUUUUCUUUCUUUCAUCCAUUCUUUCUUUCUUUUGCUUUCUUUCAACUCGGUAAUUCCCUUACCCUUCCGUCCUUUUCAAUUUUUCUUUUUUCUUUUACUUAUUUCCAUAUUUUUUCAUUUAAAAAUAAGGACUCUUUCUUUCUUUUUCUUUGUGUUCUACAUUUUCUCUUCAUCUUUUGUUACUAUCUUUUUUCAUAUCCCUCUUAAUUUCUUUCAAACUAAUAUUUUAUUCAUUUUCAAUAAUUCCCAUUGUACUUUCUUUCUUUCUUUUCUUCUUUCUUUCUUUCUUUCUUGUGGUUCUUCUUUUUCAUUUUUGUACUUUUUUUCUAUUCUUCACGCUUUCAUUCUUUUUCUUUUCUCCUUAAUGUCUUUCAACCUAAUAUUUUAUUCAUUCAUUUUCAAUAAUUCCUAUUUUUCAUUUUUCCUUCCCUUUUUCUUUCUUUCUCUCUUUCUUUUGGUUUUCGUUUUCUUUUUUCAUUUUUCUUUCAUUCAACUGAAUGUUUUCUUUAUUCACUUCUUCAUUUUCUUUCUUUUCCUUUCCAUUCAACUGAAUGUUUUCAUUAUUCACUUUCAAAUAUUCCCAUCUUUUCAUAUUUAUUACCAUUAUUUGUUCGAUAAUUUCCAUGAGGUCUUUCCUUCCGUCAAGAUUUUCAGUCCACUCUCUUGUCCCUCCUUAAUUCCAUUCACUCGUCUUGUCCCUCUUUUAAUCCAUUCACUCGUCUUGUCCCUCCUUAAUUUCAUUCACCUGUCUUGUCCCUCCUUAACUUCAUUCCCUCGUCUGUCCCACAUUUAUUCCAUUCACUCGUCUUGUCCCUCCUUAAUUUCAUUCACUCGUCUUGUCCCUCCUUAA